CACUUGAGUGUUAGGUCACAAAAGGCAUGCGGUUCUAUGGGAAAAGGGUCCAGUGCUAAUUCUUUUGCACACUGUUUUCUGAAUUAUAUCUUAUUUGUCCACCCUUCCAACAUGCUAGCUAUUGUACAAGGGCAAGAUCACAGUAUUGUAUCUUAGCCUGGUCUCAAAACACUGAUCCUGGGGAAUGAGAGAAUUUUAAGAAAACAUUUCUAAUAAACAUUUGAAGAAGAACUGGGAUUAUAUUACUGGAAUCAACAGGAAAUGAACAGCAAACAUGGCUCAGAGAGUACUGAAAAAACUUGAGGUUUUGAAGCAGUAUGAGAAAAAAAGGCUGAGAAAAUAUGACAUGACUGAGUGUCGAAACCUUGGGACAGUACAGUUGAACCCCUAUGUGAGAACACCAUUGACAUCUGACUUUAAAAUGGAUUAUGAAACAUCUAGGUCUGAAAAAUCAGCAAUUUCAGCAUCUCUGUUUAAUCAACAUGUUAUACAACAUAGUCAAAGCACAGUCCAAUCGAGACAAAGAUCUGAGUCCACACAAACAAUGAGGAAAAAUUACUCGGGAAAACCUGCUGUGAGACCAUUUAGUGCUCCAGCUUGCUUGAAACAUAAACCAACUUACCAGAGAGGUAACCUUCAGGCAUUAGAUGGAUGCUUUAUGAUUCUGAAGCUACAACCAAAGCUCAAACCUGCUCGUUCCACUGAGGAAGUUCAGAAAAGAAGAGUGUCAGAGGAACACAUGAUUGCAGAAACUGGUGGUCAGGACCAACAGCUAAUGGUCACAGUGGGAAAAGGUUAUCUGCUGUCAGCAAAUGAAUCCACUAUUUCCAAUGUGGAAAGAAACCAAAGCUCUCAAGAACUGGGAAGUGAGAGUGAGGUCAAAUUGCUUCCAAAUAGUAAUUUAUCGCCAGAUCUAAGCAGUCUUCUCAAAGAUAGUUUAACCACUGAGGGAGGAAGAACAGAGAAGGAUUUUAUCUACCCCAAGGACACACUUCAGAAAAAGAAGAAGCCCAUUGUCCCUUUGUGUAUUGAGGAUGAAAUAGAAAAACCAAAUGCCAAAAUAAUCAGAGCUGGCUGUCCAAGACCAAAAUGCGAAAGCCCCAUGAAAAUGAGUGAAUCAUUUCCCGUCUUUACUCGCAAUGAUGCGUAUAUGGAUAAUUAUAUUCUGAAUCGAUGGCUCGCUUUAUAUGGAAAUAAAGCAUUAGAUUACAUGGAUCAGGGGACUGAUGCAUGUAAAUAUCUAAACCCUGUUCUACAAAAUAACUACAAUGAAUCUAUUUCAAUAAUUGGAAGUAAAGAACCAUCACCUCCUCCUCCUAAAGUCACUGUUAAAAGGAAGAAAAAGCCCAUGUUGUCUGGGAAACCAAAGCGCAUUACGCUUCAGAUUUUAUCAGUUGAGAAUGCACCCAGCAAUAUCUAUGUACGUUCUAAGAAAGAGAGACCAUUUGUUCAGAAAACGAAUGUGAGUGUGGCUAAAACUAUAAAUAUAAACACCAUAAUAGAGAGGAGGCUUACGCAGAGUAUGCUUAUGGGUAGCAAAGAUACGCUUAUGAUACAAGGAGUGAAUCUGAAAGGCACUGAUCACCCUAGUAUUUUAUCUAGAAAUCUGAUUUCAGGAGUAAAACCCAAAGUUCCAUUACAUUCUGUGGAAGACGUCCGUAGGAAAGGGAGAAUGAUUUUUGUGGACUACAUACCCAUCUCAAAGCCAAUUCCAGUCCAGAGAUCUGGCGGCAAACUCUCAGCACCAUACAGUUCCACUAAAGUCAAACCAAGUGAGACCAACAAAUCUUUAGUGUGUCACCAUGAUGAGUUUGACCAGGAAUCCUAUCAGGAUGAAAACCAGCCAGCUGACAUGGAAGCCACAGCCCUGCACAGCAGAUCUUUCAUCCAAAAAGGCAGCGACGGUUCAAGGAGGCUGGUGGCAUCAGCGUCACUAAAGGUCUUCUCAGAUGAAACAAGUAAUAGGUCUCAGAAUACAGGUAUUAUGGCUACCCAAUCCGAACUGCUUCAUAUUGUGCCCACUCGUUCAGACAUUAUAAGCAUACCAACAGCACAGUUCGAUGCUGCUGAAUCGAAUAAGGAUCAGAGAAUGCAGGAUUUUAAUGAUACUUUACAGAAAUAGAUGCAAUGAAGAGAACUUUGCCAUCAGCCUCUGAAGUUACGUUGUUGUGCAUUGUGUUUUCAGCAUGGCUAAUAAAGCUAUGCAAGAACUACUUUAUCCAGGUGACUGGUUGUGCUGUAGUCAAGAAUAAUUGCAAACCAUGAA